AUGUGUCAGUCACUGAAAGAAGAUGCACAGAAAUGUGAUCAAGAUACGAUUUCCAUUAGUUUUGUUUCGCAGAAAUGCAAUCAAAAUAUUGAUCAAUUAGAUCCAACAUUCAUGUAUACCCAGAUCCUAAAAGAAAUUCUCUUGACCAUCGAUUUUACAGAAGAACGUACGAAGAAGUUUACCGAAUAUUAUCGAGAAAAUUUUGCGGAUAAUACUAUUCAGUUGAAUAAUAUUGAUCAAUUUGAGAUGAAUUAUGAUCAGCGUCCGCCGAUAUGGUGGUACAUACAUGAAUGUUGCCUUUAUUCAUUACUUAAUCGUGCUUUACGAAUGAUGGAAGUUGAUACGAUUAUUAAAAUGGGUUUCUUCAUUCGAGAUCUUCAUGAACAGAUUGUCGAGUUACACUCGGAACAAUAUAAUAAAUGUUAUCAGUCGAAACACUGGACUGUGUACCGAGGUCAAAGUUUAUCUCAAACAGAUUUCGACCAACUGCAAAACACACAAGGUGGAUUAAUGUCUUUCAACAAUUUUUUAUCUACUAGCAAAGAUAUUAAGGUUGCCCAGAUCUUUGCACGUAGUGCUCUUGCAAAUCAUACCUUAGUCAGUAUUGUCUUUGUUAUUAAAAUUGAUUCUGCGAUCAAAUCAGCUCCGUAUGCUUCGAUUCGCGAUGUUAGUCACUAUGAUGCAGAAGAUGAAAUAUUAUUUUCGAUGCAUACUGUAUUUCGUAUUGGUAAUAUGACUGAAAGUAAUGAAAACAGUCGCUUAUGGCAUGUAGAUCUCUUUCAGACUACCGAUAACGAUGCACAAUUAAGUGCUCUUACGGAACGAAUGCGUACUGAUAUUCGAGGAUCGACUGGAUGGGAUCGAUUAGGAAAAUUACUGAUGAAACUGGGCCAGUUUGAUAAAGCGGAAGAAUUGUAUGAAGCUCUACUCGGUGAAACCAGCAAUAAUCGUGAGCGUGCACAGGUUUAUCAUCAACUUGGAUGGAGCAAUAAAAAUCAAAAGAAAUAUGAUCAAGCGAUUGUAUUCUUUGAAAAAUCAUUGGAAAUCAAACAACAGAUCUACCCCUCCAAUGAUUAUGUCUUAGCAACUUCGUUCAACGAGAUCGGUUCGGUCUAUGAAAGGAAGAUUGAAUACGACAAAGCCUGGUUCUAUUACAAAAAAGGGCUUAACAUUCAGCUAGAAACAUCACCUGUAAAUGGUCCAGCUUUGGCUGCUACCUUCAGUAGCAUCGGCUCUGUUCUUGUAAAAAUGGAUAAUUAUCCCGAAGCUCUUUCAAUCCAUGAAAAAGCCAUCGAAAUUUGGCAAAAGAUGAAACUCCCGGACGAUCCCAAGUUAGCUUACUCCUACCAUAAUAUUGGAUUUGUAUAUGAAAAGAUGGGAGAACAUACUAAAGCACUUGCCUCACAUAAAACAGCACUGGAAAUUCGACAGAAGAGUCUACCUGACAAUCAUCCUGAUCUGGCUCAAUCGUACAGCAAUAUUGGUUUCAUCUAUAACAAGAUGGGUCAAUAUUUCAAAGCACGUCCAUUUCAUCAACAAGCUGUUGAUAUUGGACAACGAUCAUUACCCGACAAUCAUCCUCGUGUUCAAAAAUGGAAGAAAAACUUGGAGUUUGUCGAAAGAAAAUGUAAAUGA